CUUAGACUUGAUAAGCCAUAUAGUACUUACAUUGCCAAUGACAUCUGAAAACUUUCGUGGGGUUGACUUACCCAAUCAAUCACAAAUGAUAAUUCUUGCAGUUUUGCUGUUUUUCAUUCCACCAUUACCAAUAUUUCUUCUUACAGCACCUAAAUAUACUAUAUUAACCAAAGAGUUCUUAGUUUCGGUUCUCUUGACACUUUUUGGGCAUGUCCCAGGAGUACUUUUUUCUCUUUAUUAUGUUUUGAUCGAAUUCCCACGUAUUAACGCUGAUGCUUAUGAACGUGCAGAAGGCUAUAUUAGACUUGGGGAUGAUGAAGAAAGUCAAUUAGUUUCCAAUGAAGAAGAACGCCCUGAUCCAUCUCGAUUAGGUAUUUCACAAGUCCAACCUCCAAGUAAUCUUGACUCACAUUCGAAUGCUGGUAAUACUGGCGAGCCACCAAGAUAUGAAGAUAUUGUAGCACCCCAUGAACAACAACAUCCGGGGGAUACCAAAAACGGUGGAGAUAACAAGGUUCAACAUUGAUAAAGGGUAAUAGUGUGUGUUUACUUGUAGGUUCGUUUAAUUCUAUUAAAAUAUGAUUAUUUAUGUGUUUUAUUUAAUAUACAUCAGACUAUAUUAUAUACUAAGAUAAUUC